CAAAUAGUAAAACAACCAAGAAGAAGAAGAAAAAAAAUAUGGAAAGUGAAUGUUUUCCAAGAAAACUCCGCUAUGAUAUUAGUAUGUCAAAAAGAACAAGAAAAUCACCAUUGAAUAUCAAAGAAGAAGCUAUCAAAAGUCCCGAGCACCCUCAACAAUUGAUCAAUUCAGUAGAAAACAGAGAAGAUGUAAUUAGUAAUGAAGAGGAAGAAGAGUUAGAUGAGAAGAAGAGUUUGAAGCAGCUGAUUGAAGGUAGAGGAACUUCUUUAGGACACCAUUUUACAGAAGAAGAAAAGCAACUUCAGUUGGUGGUGAAACAGCCAGAAGGAAGUUUGAUGAAUGGAUUGAAAUUCAAGCAAAUGCUUCUCUCUUGAGCCGAGGGUUUUCCGGAAAUAACCUAUCUACCUUCCAAUGUAGAUUUAAUGUCUGCAUACACUCUACCUCCUCAGACCCCAAUUUGUGAGUUUCCACUGAGUAUGUUGUUGUUGUAUAUCAACUUAUCAAAUUCUUGAGCCGGUUUUAUUAUUCUACCUUUAUUUUAUACUUUUUCA